AUGCUUAGUGCUAUGCACGACCCGUGCCUCUUCCACUCGACCCUCUUCGCCGCGUCGGCACACCUGGAUGGACUAUUCGGCAUCGCGGAUAACCCACGUACAAUCUACCACCAGCUCCAAGCAGUCAAACUGCUUCGUGAGAGACUAACACAACCGCAUUUUCGGGUCAAUUACGAAACGAUAGGCGCAGUCUUGGGGUUAGGCUACUUCGAUAUCGUCAUUGGAAAUGUCGACGGCGUCCAGGCACACAAUCAGGGCCUCAUUCAGAUGCUGACCACCAAGCACGACCAAGGACCGGACACUGAGGCCUUGCUGGGCCUGGCUAACAUGACACACUUUACCCGCGCAAUGGUCUCACAUACUGAUGCUCUCUCCCUUCCCCACUCCUCGAUAUCAAGCGACAAAGGUGUUCAUCCCGUCAAUCCUCUGUCGGGGAUCUCCCCCUCGAGUCUUCUCAGUCGAGUGCUCGCGCGCGCUGCAGCCCAUGAUGAUAUCCUUACAUCGCCAGUGUUUACCCCAGACACCGUACUCGACCUCAUUGGCGUAGCACACGUGGUGACCCAACAAGACGCUAAUACCCCUCUCUACGAAUCGCUCGCCGAAAAAACAGCAGCAGCAGCAGCAACAACAACAACACCAACGAUACUAACUCUCGGCGCCGAAGCUCUACGGCGCGCAUCUUUAUACCCUUCGUUCGAGAACCAAAGCCCAAUGGCACAACACAUGAAUAAAUGCGUUCAGCUGGCCGCGAAAAUCUGCCGCAAGCACCUCCUCCUGCGCGCUCACGCGCCGGAGGCAUACGUCUGGGUGUGCUUCACAGCCGCGGCCGCCGCGGCCGCAGCAGCAGCAGCUUAUGACAGGGACGAGAAGAGAAGUGGUGAAGAUCAUAAUGACGACUGGACGUCGUUUAUCCUCACGCCCAUGCCGGUGAUUACGGCGACGGACUCGGCAGAGCUUCGGCUGAUGCGGGAGGGUGUGGGCGUAUUUGAGGUGGUUGCGGGGGAAGUGUGA